UCUCCCCUUCCCGACGAGGGUCUCUCACGGCACUUCCGGAGGAAGGACGAGGCUGGAGCGGUGAGGGUCACGUGCUUUCACUGGCCCCGCCCCCGAGGCGCGGCUGGACGGGACCAUGUUGCUGCUGCUGGAGAAGCUCCCGGCUGACCAGGCCCUGAAGUUCCUUCACCAAGUAGUUGAUGGCAUAUGUGGCCGUGCAUAUUGUCGAUAUCAGGAUUAUGGCAGUGUUUGGAAUUUGGCAGAAUGGAUGGAGAUAUUAGAAGAAACAACAACAUACUUCAAAACUACAGUUGGCAAAAAUCUGUCAGAUGAAGAGGCUGUUCAGCAGUUGAAUGAAUUGAGCUCAAGCUAUCAAGAAGCAAUCACAAAAUGCUUGAAAGGCAGAAAGGAAGAAAUCAGGUAUGCACUGGUAGAAAGCAUAAGUGCAAUCUCCUCUGCCCAGCUACAGGAUUUUGACUGGCAGUUAAAGCUUGCUCUCUCCAGUGAUAAGAUCUCCAUGCUGCAAAUGCCACUUCUCAAUCUUGAUCUGGAUGUGAAAGAAAAUGGUGAAAUUAAGCCAAUCUCUGUAGAAAUGAAUAAGGAAGAACUGCAGAACCUAAUAAAUGCACUGGAAGCAGCUAAUAAGGUCGUUUUGCAGCUGAAAUGACGAGACUCUAACUAUCAGUGACAUCUGUUGGCGAUGGUUCCACAAGAGACUGCAAAGAGAAUGGAGAGAGAUUCUAUGAAGUGGGAACGUAAUGAUGCUAUUAAAGUACUGAGUUAAGCAAGCCAUACUGAUGUGGACCUGAAGAUUUAUCAAAAAUUUGCUGGAAAAAGAGAGCCUGCUGUCCACUAGACCCAAAACACAGUUGCCUUGUAGAAAAUGCUGAAAGUUAUAUAGGCCUAUGAAAGACUACAGUAGCAUUUAUGAAAAAUCUGAAUGCUGUGUUUGACUUUGGAAAGGAGAUUUUGCAGAUGUACAUAAGCUUGUUUUUGUUCAGAAUAAGAAAUCUUGCCUUCACAGUAACUUAUACAUAACAGUGUAAUAUGAGUUGCUUUCCUGGGAAAGCUAAGCACACCUGUGUCCUGGAACAUAAAUAUUUGAUACUUGUGAAUAGCAAAGUAAUAAACAGUUGAUGCUUUACAUAGAUAAUGGCUUUUGAAAAUUUAAAAAUCUUUAAAGAUUCAGAACCUUCCUACCUGUGUCUUGUGGGUUUCACAUAAUUGUCUUGAAUCUGCUCUGAAAACUGGGCCAGUGUCAAAUUUCUAAAUAAGAAACACAUGGCUUUCAACUGACAAGUGUGACUCAAAAAAAUAAUCAAGUGGUGGCUUUGCAGAAUAGUAGGUCAGCUAUUUCCAAAGUGUGUCUGAGUGUAUAUGCUGUACACAGGCUGUCAGAAUAGUGCUCCCAGCCCAAUAUAGCCAUUUUUCUGCAGGGAGGGUGUUACACACCUGCAGAGUUUGGGGGCAGGAUUUAGACUACAUGCAGAAUUUCUGAAGAGAAUUUAUUGGCAUCAUAAAUCUGUCUGAGAUAAUUACAUGCUUGUCUAAAUAUCAAAACAUGUUUAGUUGUAUUUAAAUAGAAUAGAAAAACAUUUAUGCAUUCAUUUUAUUUUCAGUGAACUGUAGUAAACCAUGUUAUCUGCCUUUAACAAAUAAAUUCUUGUGACUCUCUUUCAGCAGGAGGAUGCGGAAGUGAUGUAAAGGGCAGGAUCCUGCUUUCAUACCCAGAUAAUAGUGAUUUGUGAGGUACAAGAACCAAGACUGUCAUUCAUUUCAGUAGUGAGGUUCCCAUUGACUUGUGUGGGAGCAAGACCUGAGUUCAGAUUUACAUCUCCAAGAGAAAACAGUCAGCCACUACAACAUUCUGUAGGCCAGAUCCUCACCUGGCAUAAAUCAAUUGGAGCUUUGCCAACUUGCAUCACUUAAGAAGCUGGCCCUCUAAGGAAACAUUAGCCCUGCCAGCAUAAAAUAUAGGUGUCUUUUAAGUCAGCAAUAUGAAGGCAUUCACUUUACAUUACCUUAAUUACUGAAAUGCAAAUUCAUAUUAAUUAUUUUCUGUUUUUCUGCCUUAGAUAGAAUUUUAAUUUUCUCUUUCCACUGUGAAUAGUAUUUGUAAGUAAAUGAUUGUGUAAAUACUUUGUGUUUUGCAUAUGGCAAGCUAAUGAAAAAGCCAUGAACCACCACUAUUUAAUAUUGUGGUCAGAGUACUACAUAACAUUUCAGAAAUAAUUGCAAAUGAACUCUUAUUUUACUGUAUCAUUAUAAUGGGGUUUACAGUAGGAAUGAACGAGAGAGAACCAACCUUCAGUAUCACAUAGAAUAGUUACAUGUAACUUCAAGCAAUUUAUUUUAGAUGCAGACAGAUGCACUGGAUUUUUUUGAUUGAAAUAUAGCAAUUUUGUUGCUUAAAGAUAUUCAGGCUAUUAUUGCUUUUUUAGCCUUGUUUUUGUUUUCUGUUGAAAUAAGGGAAUAGGUUUGCUUAUCAGGUUAACACAAUCUAUUAUUGAUUUGUGUAUGUAAAUUCUACUGGUGUAGGCUAGCAUGGCAGUAGCCAAAGGGCUGCCACCUUUGAUCACUAAUGUGCAGAACUGGCGCCCCAAGAUGGUUGGGAAGUUAUGGAAGGAAUAUUCAGGAUAGUGUUUCCCAUGUAGAGUACCCAUCAUGGGGUAAAAUCCCUCCAAACCCUGAAGUCCUCCAUGUCUGUACUACAUGUUGGACAAGUAUUAUUUGUACUACCUAGGAGCCCUAGUAAUGGACCAGCAUCCUGCUGAAUAUAUGUAUAGUAAAGGGACCAAUGAAGGGGUACUGAGUGGUUAACCCGAGACGAGAGAACCCCAAAAUAUAACUUUAGUAUUUCAUUUCUGUGUCAGGCAUUUAGUCAUUGUAGGCAAAGUUUAUUUUUAUAUUAAUUGGUUGUAGACCAGUUUUGUAACUUGGCUGGAGAAAUGUACUUGAAUGUACCUAAAUUAUGCAGUUGUGUUUAUCCAAUUUAGUAACUAUAGUUGUUUACAGUGUUUCUCAGACCUCUCUGGUUCAGGAGCCACAUCAGCAAUCAGUAUUACCCAAAAGAGCCACAGUAGUGUGACAUCAUUGUUUCAGAUUUAAACAGUAUGACAUGGGACAUACUAAUUUAUACAUAUAUUAUUCUCACAGCAAAAUGAUUGACCAAGUAUUAUUUUAUCAACUACAAUUGGUUAAUAUAGUAAAAGCAUCCUGUUUGGUUAAUAAUUAAAUCAGUGUUUUUAUAUCAUAUGCUGUAAAGAGCUGCAGGAGACGCAUUGAAGAGCCACUUGCACCUCGUGAGCUUCAGUUUGAGUAUCACUGGUCUGAUAGUUAGGGAGAGUAGCAUCAACAGCAACUCCUUGAGGUCGUGAGCUCCUCAAGAAGCCAGAGUGCCAGAGAAUAGAGAAUGUUAGUAAUGUGGACAAACUAACAGCAUGGUUUGUGUGUCUUUGGGCUCUUCAGGUUUUGGAUGCUGUGGUCUAAAUUUUCAAAAGUGAUUAGUGAUUUUAGGUGCCCAAUUUGAUCCACAUUAAAGGAACCUGUUUUUCAGGAAGUUCCAGGCACUCAAAUUGAGACACCUGAAAUCUCUUAGUUGCUUUAGAUCCUAUGCUUCUAGCCUUGUCUGCAGAUUUUUCCAGUCCCUCUCCCUGAGGGGAGAAUUUAGUUGAAAUUCAGCAAGUUGAAACUAGAAGUUUUCCCACACUUAUGGGAUUCACAGUGGGAAGGGAGAUCAUCACCCUGUAUAUUUAUCUGAUAGGCUCUGGUGACUGCGUAACUGUGGACUUCUUAAAACUUGAAUGCAGAUAGCUAUAAAUUAAUGGACAUACAAUCAUAAAAGAUAUUCAAGUAAAACCAGUGACUUUCCUCUAUUCAGGCUGACUGUGCUCAAUUUUUGGAUUCAAUAGCUUAUCUCAGGGGUCCCCAACAGCGGUGCCGCCCACGGGUGCAUCUAAAUGUGCCCACGUCCUGGCUGGCGGUGGAGCAUCUGCCGAAAUGCC